CAACUUGUUCUUGAUAUGUUCUCGACACGGAGAAACUGUCUUAUCUGCAGCGAAACCUUUCCCUAAACAUAGCUUAAGACCUCCACUACUAUCUUAAGCUGCAUUCCCUUACCUAGGUACCUUACCUACCUACAGUAGCCAGGUCUUGUGCCGCCAGCGCAACGCAGUGCAGUGCAGUAGGCAGCUCACCAACCUAAGCACAGCGCAGCUCAGCACAGACUGCAGAGCGCUCUCCCUCCGCUCGCUGUCUCCUCCCUCAUCUCUUUGGCCCGCCCUCCGUUGCUUCUGCUCCUCGCCCACAUCCACAUCCACAUUCACGUCCAAACCAAAGCAGACCAGCCUACCUCCACCACAACCACCAUUACCACCCGACCAUUAUUCUUCAGCCUUGGACGCCUGCCCACCUCUUAACAUCAUUCAGCCCUCCGCCGUCCUGCCUCCGAUAUCCCUCCCUGCCGCCGGACAGGAAAUAAUUUUGGACGACGUCUAUAGAUCACGGCGGCAUAUCUUGGUAGACCCCACUGCGGCGCCGACAAAAGACGAUAUCCAGAAACGACACCACCGCCCAUCCACUCACCACCUUACCUUACGCCAUCUAACACCCACCGCAACACCAGACCAGACGUGUGCUGUUGUAGCUUCCAUCAUCCACCCAUCUCCCUUCGUGUCGCCUCGACUCGUCAACAUCAACUACUUUCGCUGUUUCCAAGUUCUCGGCUCCGAUUAAUCCUCACCUCCGCCUUGGCCCCGCCAUUCGAAUCCACAGCUAUCGAUUCUGACCUUUGCCUCCCUCGACCAACAACCACAACCCCUCCUAACCCCCGCCCUCGCUGCUCACCAAGAUGGUUGAUAGCGAGACGAAUUCGCCCACGUGGAAGUUCACGCAGUACGUUAUCUCUCUUGAUCCAUUAUUGGGUACCUCUCGUGUUUUUGAAGGUGAAGCUGAGCUGUCGUGUGCAGGUGUUUUGGUGACAAGGGCGAUGUUGAGGACAUCACCGAAGCUGAUAUCAUCUCGACGGUUGAGUUCGACCAUACCGGAAACUAUCUCGCUACUGGCGACAAGGGAGGUAGAGUAGUGCUCUUCGAACGCAACGAGACGGUACGUCACCAUUCCCGAAUGUCUUUGCGUGCCGCUUAUCUUUGGCGCUGCACUCCCUACUGUCGCCGCUAACUAUGGAUGCAGAAAAAAACCUGCGAGUACAAAUUUCACACCGAGUUUCAGUCGCAUGAGCCCGAAUUCGACUAUUUGAAGUCCCUUGAGAUCGAGGAAAAGAUCAACAAGAUAAAGUGGUGCAGGCGACAAAACGCUUCACACUAUCUGUUGUCUACCAACGACAAGACAAUCAAGCUAUGGAAGGUGUUCGAGAAGUCGCUCAAGGUUGUGGCGGAGAACAAUCUCUCUCACGAUGUAACUCCUGGGAGCAUUGCAGGUGGUGGCGGCGCUCCCAAGCCUUUACCAUCUCAUCAGUUUAAGAACGCCGCCGACCUAAAGCUGCCUCGGCUCACACAUCAUGACACAGUGGUUGCCGCCGUGCCACGCCGGACAUACGCCAACGCACAUGCCUAUCAUAUCAACAGCAUCUCGGUGAACAGCGACGGAGAGACCUUCAUCAGCAGCGAUGAUUUGCGGAUUAACCUCUGGAACCUCAAUAUUCAGGACCAGAGCUUCAACAUCGUUGACAUCAAGCCUGCCAAUAUGGAGGAACUUACUGAAGUGAUCACAGCAGCCGAAUUCCACCCCAUGAGCUGCAACUGGUUCAUGUAUGCCAGCUCUAAGGGCACCAUCAAGCUUGCUGACAUGCGAGAGAGUGCUCUAUGCGACCAGCACGCGAAACUAUUUGAACAGGAAGAAGACCCCUCGUCGCGAUCCUUCUUUUCCGAAAUCAUCUCCUCUAUCUCCGAUGUCCGGUUCUCACAUGACGGUCGAUACAUCUUAUCUCGCGAUUACCUCACCGUAAAGAUUUGGGAUAUCAACAUGGAGCGACAGCCUGUAAAGACGAUACCGAUCCACGAGCAUCUCCGGCCACGAUUGUGUGACACAUACGAGAACGAUAGUAUAUUCGACAAGUUUGAAGUUGUUUUCUCUGGUGAUGCGAAGAAUGUUAUGACGGGCAGUUAUAACAACAAUUUCAUGAUCUAUCCUUCAGACCCUGACAAGGAGGUCGAGGUGGUCCUUCAGGCGGACAAGUCGGCUUUCAAGGCGAAGAAGGUUGGUGUGCCCACGCCAAUCAACGCCUCGACAAGCCCGACAGCCACCAAUGGCAAGAAGGGUGGAUCUAGGGCUGGUAGUCCAGGCGGUCAGGGCCAGCGAAUGCGUAAGGAGACAGACGCGGACCAGAUCGAUUUCAACAAGAAGAUCCUGCACAUGAGUUGGCAUCCCUUCGAGGACAGUAUUGCGAUUGCAGCUACGAACAAUCUCUUUGUCUUCUCGGCACUCUAGACCGUGGUAAUGGCGUUCAUCUCGUAGGGCAGUUAAGCGAGCUAGUCCCUGGCUGGAAGUCGAAGUCGCAACAGCAAGAGUAUAAGUACUUCAGCCUCAGUCAUGGUGGGAUCUGCCCAGUUCUUCUUGGGCAUGACGUGAUAUCUCGAUGGUGCAGGAAAUGAUAAUACGGAACAACACGACCUACUAUACUUAGAAGCGAUAGCACGUAUCAUCGAUAGUGCUUGGAAUGAAUGCUACGCGGAGAGAAGGAAGAAAGCUGGAAGAGGCCCUUUGGAUGUGGCCGUUGAAAAGACUGACGAUAGAAAGCUACUGGCUAUCUGUCUAUGAAGCAAGCGAAUGAACCAGCGGGAAGAGCCACAUGGGAGGGAGGUGAACGGAUACAUUGGCUGGCGUUCGGUCGCCACGUGUAGCAGAAACCACAAAGAGACUAUUGAGAAUCAAAGAAAUGCCACUCAUGCCUGAGAAGAAGCCAAGUUAAAAUGAUGGACGGCUAUUCGCCCGCCAUUCGGGUCAGUGGAGUUUCGAGGGAGACUGAUGAUGGAUAAUGGUAAGGUUAGAUGCAGGGGCCGCAUUCAACGCCUCUAAG